CGCCGCCCCCGACCGGUCUCCGCGCCGCGGUGCCUCAGCAGUCCCCGCAGCCCCGCACUCCGCACCCGCAGGCUCGCGUCGCACGGCUGCCGUCUUCCCCUGGCCGCGCGGUUGGCCUCGCCCCGCCCCGCCCGGUCCCUCCUCGCCCCGCCCCGCCCCGCCCCGGUCAGCCCCGCCCCGCCCAGAGCCUCCAAGCCGUUCCCGCCCUCGCCCAGCGCCCAGGUAGCUGCGAGGAAACUUUUGCAGCGGCUGGGCAGCGGCACGUCUCCCGCUCCUCAGGGCCACUGCCAGGCUUGCCGAGUCCUGGGACUGCUCUCGCUCCCGCUGCCACUCUCCUGCGCUCUCCUCGCUCCCCGCGAAGCAGGAUGGCAGGGACCGUGCGCACCGCGUGCUUGGUGGUGGCGAUGCUGCUCAGCUUGGACUGCCCGGGACAGGCACAGCCCCCGCCGCCGCCGCCGGACGCCACCUGUCACCAGGUCCGUUCCUUCUUCCAGAGACUGCAGCCCGGACUCAAGUGGGUGCCUGAAACCCCCGUGCCAGAGUCCUUCCAGUUGCCACUGCAUGCCAUCCCAUCAGGAAGCUAUCUGCCAUUAGUUGGUCUCUGGAGCCAAAGGGGAUCAGAUUUGCAAGUAUGUCUUCCCAAGGGCCCAACAUGCUGCUCAAGAAAGAUGGAAGAAAAAUACCAACUAACAGCACGACUGAACAUGGAACAGCUGCUUCAGUCUGCGAGUAUGGAGCUCAAGUUCUUAAUUAUUCAGAAUGCUGCAGUUUUCCAAGAGGCCUUUGAAAUUGUUGUUCGCCAUGCCAAGAACUACACCAAUGCCAUGUUCAAGAACAACUAUCCAAGCCUGACCCCACAAGCAUUUGAGUUUGUGGGUGAAUUUUUCACUGACGUGUCUCUCUACAUUCUGGGUUCUGACAUCAAUGUGGAUGACAUGGUCAAUGAAUUGUUUGACAGCCUGUUUCCAGUCAUCUAUACCCAGCUAAUGAACCCAGGCCUGCCUGAGUCGACCUUAGACAUCAAUGAGUGCCUCCGAGGGGCAAGGCGUGACCUGAAAGUAUUUGGGAAUUUCCCCAAGCUUAUUAUGACACAGGUUUCCAAGUCACUGCAAGUCACUAGGAUCUUCCUCCAGGCCCUGAAUCUUGGAAUUGAAGUGAUCAACACAACUGAUCACCUGAAGUUCAGUAAGGACUGUGGCCGAAUGCUCACCAGAAUGUGGUACUGCUCUUACUGCCAGGGAUUGAUGAUGGUUAAGCCUUGUGGUGGCUACUGCAAUGUGGUCAUGCAAGGCUGUAUGGCAGGUGUGGUGGAGAUUGACAAGUACUGGAGAGAAUACAUUCUGUCUCUCGAAGAACUGGUGAAUGGCAUGUACAGAAUCUAUGACAUGGAGAAUGUACUGCUUGGUCUCUUUUCGACAAUCCACGAGUCCAUCCAAUAUGUCCAGAAGAAUGGAGGAAAGUUGACCACCACUAUUGGCAAGUUAUGUGCCCAUUCUCAGCAACGCCAAUAUAGAUCUGCUUAUUAUCCUGAAGAUCUGUUUAUUGACAAGAAAGUAUUAAAAGUUGCUCAUGUAGAACAUGAAGAAACCUUAUCCAGCCGAAGAAGGGAACUAAUUCAAAAGUUGAAAUCUUUCAUCAGCUUCUAUAGUGCGCUGCCUGGCUACAUCUGCAGCCAUAGCCCUGUGGCUGAAAACGACACUCUUUGCUGGAAUGGACAAGAACUCGUGGAGAGAUACAGCCAAAAGGCAGCGAGAAAUGGAAUGAAAAAUCAGUUCAACCUCCAUGAGCUGAAAAUGAAGGGCCCUGAGCCAGUGGUCAGUCAAAUUAUUGACAAACUGAAGCACAUUAACCAGCUCCUGAGAACCAUGUCUGUGCCCAAAGGUAGAGUUCUGGAUAAAAACCUUGAUGAGGAAGGGCUUGAAAGUGGAGACUGUGGUGACGAUGAAGACGAGUGUAUCGGAGGCUCUGGUGAUGGAAUGAUGAAAGUGAAGAAUCAGCUCCGCUUCCUUGCAGAACUGGCUUAUGAUCUGGAUGUGGAUGAUGCUCCUGGAAGCAAGCAACAUGUGAAUCAGAAGGACAAUGAGAUAGCUGCCUCUCACAACCUUGGGAAUGGCCAUUCCCCCCUGAAGGUUCUAACCAGCUUGGCAAUCUAUGUGGUGUGCUUUUUCUUCCUGGUGCACUGACUUCCUAGUGCACAGCUCACGGGCUGCCCUUCAGCACCCUGUGGUCUUCCUCUGUAAAGGGAACCACCUUCUUAUUUUUUUCUAUUUUUUUAUCUUAUAUACCUCCUCCAGCCAUUAAGUAGAAGACUAACCAUGUGUUAUGUUUUCGAAAAUCAAAUGGUAUUUUUAUGAGGAGGGUAAAUUUUAGUGGUAGUAUAGAUUGUCCUUUUGCAAAGAAAAAAAAUCAAGUUGUGUCAAAUUAUUUUCCUAUGUUUGGCUUCUAGAACAUGGUUACCAUGUCUUUCUCUCUCUUUCUUUCCCUUUGCAUGGAUUUCUUUGGAAAAAAAUAAAUGCUCAAAUAAAAAUGC